AUGGCCAAAGAAGAAGACGGAGACGACGAUAUGCAACGAGAUCCUCCCGGGACAGAGAUGAUGAAGACCGAAACCCAUUCUUCCUCGGAAGACGAAGAGCAAAACGUCGGACUCUCAAGAAACGCCAAUAUGUCCACGCGUAAUUCAGAAGAGUCUCAGCGAACAGAGAACGAUGUUCAUGACCACCAACUGCCGCCUCAUAGAAUUCGAAGUCGUGCACAAUCUUCAGUGCGAUCAGUCAGACCACCUGCCGUCACAGUCUCUCGAGCAGAGCGCCGUGGUCUCUUCGCAAGGUUAUGUUUCAUCGACGAAGUUACGAAYGCUUGGGACUAUAGCCGCAAAAUGAAGUGGCUGAUCACCGCCAUUGUCGCUGUAGCUGGCGCUGCUGCGCCCAUGGGCUCGGCCAUURUCCUACCAGCACUCGUCGAUAUCACCCGGGAGUUCAACAGUACUCCUACCGUGGUCAAUCUUUCCGUUGCAAUGUACAUGCUCUCCAUGUCCAUCUUUCCGCUUUGGUGGUCUAGCUUUUCCGAGACUCUAGGGAGACGGACGAUCUAUGUGGUAUCGUUCUUUCUCUUCCUGGUAUUCAAUGUUCUUUCCGCUGUAUCUGUCAACAUUGGAAUGUUCAUAGUAAUGAGAGUACUUUCUGGUGGUGCAGCAGCAAGUGUGCAAGCCGUCGGUGCAGGAACCAUCGCGGAUUGCUGGGAGACUAGAAUGCGCGGCAAAGCCAUGGGCAUCUUCUAUCUAGGACCUCUUUGUGGACCGCUUCUAUCACCCAUAAUCGGCGGUGCCCUUACCCAGGGGCUAGGCUGGCGAUCCACGCAGUGGUUCAUUUCAAUAUUCGCCGUGAUCUUGUUCGUUGCUAUUGUGCUACUCCUCCCAGAGACACUCAGGCAGAGAAAGUCUCUAGCAUCCGAGGCCGAAGACGAAGCGGCCGAGAAGGUCGAGGCAAGACCUGGACUUGAGCGAACGACAACGGGGCAAUCCGUGAAAGUGAAAGCAAAGAAAUACAGCGUGAUGGCACKCCGUGCCUUCGUGGACCCUCUUCGCAUCAUUCUGUACCUCCAAAUUCCAGCGGUCGCUGUACUGAUCGCGUACGCUGCCAUCACUUUUGCAUCCCUGUAUGUACUUAACAUCUCUGUCCAGCAGACAUUCUCAGGGGCUCCUUACAACUACUCGAGCAUCAUCGUUGGGGUGUUAUACAUCCCCAAUAGUGCUGGUUACUUCAUCUCCAGCAUUUUCGGCGGGAGGGCAGUAGAUCGCAUCAUGCACAGGGAAGCUAAGAAAGCCGGGAGAUAUGACGAGAACGGUCGCCUCAAGUUCAUCCCCGAGGACAGGAUGAAGGAGAACGCUUGGCUAGGUGCUAUAAUGUUCCCAUGCGCACUGAUCGCAUACGGCUGGCUCGCUCGCUACCACGUGAACGUGGCAGCACCCAUGAUCGCCAACUUCUUUUUUGGCGUAGGGAGCAUGCUGAUCUUUUCUCUUGUCACCACGAUGCUCACGGAGUUCAUGCCGAGGAAGAGCAGCCAUGGUAUUGCUCUCAAUAACUUUGUGAGAAACAUCUUCUCGUGUGUUGGGACCAUUGUGAGCGAACCCUUGAUCGUUGCCAUUGGAAAUGGCUGGCUCUUCACUGGACUCGGUGUCAUCACUCUUGUGACGGGUUGCUUGACCAUUUGGGCCAUGAAGCAAUUUGGUCCACACUGGAGAGUGUCGAUGGAUAAGCAGCUGAUGAGAAUAGCCGGCGAUUGA